AUGUUGAGCAGCGCCUCAGCAACGCCGACGCAGAAGUCGUUCACCUCACAGCAGCCCGCAAACCCCCUGAAUGUCGCUAGCUCCCGCCCUAGCUUCGACCGCGAUGGCCUACAGCCGCCCCCGCCCAUUGGCGGCGCUGGAGCCCGGAAUCUCGCCGCCUCGGCCGUCACCUUUGCGCCCCGCGGCUCGUCGCUUAACCCGUCCCCCAUGCCCGGCAGCUUCAGUUCCGACUUGCGCAGCCACAUGAACCUCUCGCGCGCCGCCUCCCGUGUCGACAUGUUUGCUCUCGAGAAGCUAGACGAGGACGAUGGAGACGUCCAGGAGCGCACCCUGGCCUCCCUUCGCGAGGCCCUUGGCCGCGAGAUGAAGAUCAAGGAGGGCAGCGAGAACAUGCUCGAAGCCCUCAACUCCAAGAAGGCAAAACAGACCAAGGAGCAGCGCCUGCGGGUCGAGGCCGAGCUCAACUCCUCCAGCCAGAGAAUCAAGGAGCUCCGCCAGAAGAUAACCGACGCCCAGCGCACCAGGCCUGCACCCACAACACCCACACGGUCUAGGGCCGAGGGCUUGCUCCAUGGCCCCAACGGCUUGCGCUCGCCCCCGAGCGCGUCGAGAAGCGGCGCUGGGUCUGACAUUGAGGAGCCGUCCGAGUCUCCGACCUUUGUCCUCGCCGAGAUUCUGCGAGCUCUCGAGAUGGACGGCAUGACCCCGGAUUACUACGUGUCUCGUGCCAACAGCCUGGUGGACCUCUUCAAACGGCACCCGAACCUCAAAUACGACCUGGUUUGGCCCGUCUUUGGGCUCCGUAUGCAGGUCAUGCUCCUGAGCGAGAACCGCGAGGUGGUGGCCGCAGGGUAUAGGAUGACACGAUACGCCAUUUCGGACCUAGCCUCGCUCAAGAACAUCCGUACCCUCAACACCGACUAUCUCGUUACAUGGUCACUGAUCAAGGACCGCAAAGCCGACGUCGAGCGAGAGCAGGCACUCAAGUUUGUGCGUGCCUUUCUCGAUGUCAAAGACGGCGUCCGCGAGAUAUCGAGAGCCGUGGUUCGAGCCAUUGCCGCCAUUGCCGAGGAGCCCGAGGAGAGGCUGCGACCCAUCUGCAUAGAGACGCUAGCAGAGAUUGUGGUUCGCGAUCCCCGUCUCUUAAUUGCGGCCGGGGGCCUGGCGCCUCUGCACAUGGCACUGGCCGAUGGCUCCUACAAGGCCUCGGAGAGUCUGGCGGCGGCCUUCUUGUAUCUCCUUGACACCCCACAGCGUCGGCAGUAUCUGCGCGCCGGAUACGAGCUGGAGGUACUCUUCACCCCAUUCACCGAUGACCAGUUAUUAAACGAGCGGCUACUAAAGCAGAGCGCCAAGGCCAUCGCAUCAGCACUGCGGAGCUGGUCGGGCCUCAUGAACCUGUCAAUGUACAAUUUCCGCGCCAUCAAGUCCAUGGUCCAUAGCAUGGUGGUGCACACGGGGCCCGUCCGGGAGACCGUUCUGGACCUCCUCUAUUCCUUGUUCCGCAUCAAAUCUCCGGCGUGGGCGACAUCUUUUCUCGCCGGCCGGCGCCUCACAACCUACGGUAGAGUCUCAAACCUCGGGUCAACAGACGCAAAAUCCGUUCCGGCUGAGCUGGAAGACGAGGGAGGAGAGCAGAACUUUGUUGAGCACUACACAGCGCUCCUUCUUGCCAUAUUCGUCAAGGCCGGCGUAGUUCCGGCUCUGUUGAGGCUUACGCAAGAUACUGAAAAUCUCAUGCUGAAGCGGAAGUCGACGCUUCUCAUCGGAGAAGUGUUGAAGCUUUCCAGCCGACUCCUUCCGCCGUCGUGGAGUAGCAAAUUACAAUUACUACCGGAGCUGUUCUCCGCAGCCGUCCGACUUAAAGACGAGAGCCACUUCAUUGCCACUGGGGUUAUCUACCAGAUGAGCAGCGUGAGCAAGACACUGUACAGAUCAUCUCCGUCAACAUACACACCUUCAGCUAUGCCAUCCAGCAACAGCUUGGACCUCGGCAUUCUCGACGACCACCCAAAAAGCAAUACAUCAGUGAAUUUCGACGAUGCCACCUUCCGGCAGCUCAUUAUUGACUCGGGCGUCUUGGGUAGCUCUAAUUACUCUAAAUGGAACUGGGAUGUUGUUCUGAGGCUCAUCGAAGGGCCCCUGACCAACGGGAAGAGGCUCGAUGAGGCAGUCAAGGCCUCUAAAUUUAUCAAGCGGAUCAUGAGCUUCUACCGCCCGUUCAAGUACAAAUUCUCCGAGAUCAAGAGCUCUAGGGGGACGCAGAAGUACGUCCGGGUCGGGUGUGCUCUGAUGCACAGUUUGCUCCAGAGCCCAGAGGGCAUUAGAUAUCUAUCCGACAAUAAGCUUCUGAGACAAAUCGCCGAAUGCCUGGCCCAGUGCGACCCAACGAGCGGGCUCACGGCCCAAUACCCAAUGUUUUCCAAGGACCGUCUCACCGACACUCUGUGCGGGGGCUACUUCCCGAUGCUCGGCGUGCUGAGCGGGGACCCAAAGGGGAUGCACAUGCUCGAUCGCUGGCGCAUCUUUAAUAUGAUGUAUCGAAUCGUCGACCUCAAGCAGCGGCCUGAUCUGAUCAAGCUCAUGCUUGCAAACUUCGACUACUCCCUGCAGGGGCAUCCCCGGGUUCUACUUUCAAAAGCUCUGACAGCUGGGACGAAGGAUAUCCGGAUCAACGCGACCAACGCCCUACGAAAGUACGCCACGCGACCGCGGCUGAACGCGCAGGGCCAGGGACCAGGCGACUCAAAGUGGGCCAUCCAGAUGCUGGUCACCCAGCUGUACGAUCCCGAGGUUGAGGUGUGCGCGACAGCUGUGAAGAUUCUCGAGAAGUCGUGCAACACCAAGAACCACCUUGAGUACAUUGUCAAGUGCCGGCCGGCGCUGGACCACUUGGGCGAGAUAGGCGCACCUUUGCUGCUGCGCUUCCUCUCGACUUCUAUUGGCUACCACUACCUGGACGGCCUUGACUACAUCAGCAACGAGAUGGACGACUGGUUCCUCGGUCGCAACGACUCGUACGUCAGCGUCAUUGAAGCCAGCCUAGCGCGAUCCUUUUUGGACCACCAGGAUGACCACACGAACCGCAUCAGCGUGUUUGACGACGAGCAAGAAAUGGAGGCCGACAGCCACGUCCCGCCGCACUUCUAUCGCGAGCUUACACGAACACAGGAGGGCUGUAAGCUCCUCAGCGACAAGGGCCACUUUGACGAGUUCGCGGCCACUAUCCGCGACCAUGGGAUGCAAUACGACGACCCAGAGAUGAUAGUCAAGGUCAAGGGCUGCCUCUGGGCGGUCGGCAAUGUCGGGUCCAUGGAGCUUGGUGCCCCGUUCCUCGAGUCGUGCGAUGUUGUGGAGCACAUAGUCAAGAUAGCGCAAGGCCAUGAGGUUAUGAGCUUGCGCGGAACAGCCUUCUUCGUUCUUGGGUUGAUAUCACGGUCUAUGCACGGCCUGGAGAUACUCUCGGAGAACGGGUGGGAUGCGAAUACGAACGUGUUGGGCAACUCGCUAGGCUACUGCAUCCCGACAGAUCUCACCAAGUUCUUCUCCCUCCCGCCUUGGAAGCACGCGCCCGUCACCACCAUUGAGCUCCCAGAGACGCAGAAGACAGAAACCGUCAAGUUUCCCGCCGUGGCCUCUCGGCCGCGGUCAGAGUCGCUCAUCAAAGCCAUCCAGGAACAGCACGGCGGCGAUGUCGCCGAGAUCCGAAGGGUUGAGCUGGACCCCGACCCGGCAAACCAGCGUAUUCUUGAGCUCGUCAUCGACAUAGCCAACAUGGUGCUCCACAGACGUGCGCGAAGCGAGCUCAUGCAGAUCAAGACGCAGAAAAAAGCCAUCGGGUUCAAACAGCCGCACUUAUUCAGGCGAGUCUUGGCCCUGCUGGAGUGUCACCACUACCGGCUCGCGGAUCGCAAUAUGAUUGUUGGCUUGUUUGAGAAAAGCGCGCUUCGGUCUGUCAUAUUCGACGACGAAGAAAGUGGCGAGGACGAAGACGAGGAUGAUGAUGAGGACGAGAGGCAGACGGCAAUGGGUGGCGCUGCCAUUACGAAAUCUCAGGCUAGCGUCAGUGACGACGACGACGAAGAAGAAGACGAUGACGAUGACGACGAUGAAGAUGACGAGGACGACGAGGAAGAUGAAGACGAAGACAGCUCGGGUGACGAGCAGCGCACCGAGAAGAGACGGAGCGUGAAUGGCCCGGUAGACCCCGAGAGGUAUUCAGUCAGCAGAUCUCUGGACGGAUGA